UUGAAGAAGUGAAAAUGAGUUUUUCCUCAUUACCAGUGCAUCUUGAUCCACCCAACUGGAAACAGCUGCCAGCUGCUGCUGGAGCCGGAGCCGGCCGUGACGGCGGCGAAACUGGCCUUGCUUCUGCACAGGCGCCGCCAGGAGUUGCCGCCGCCGGGCCUACUAUCUCAAUGGCGGAACGCGCCCGGCUGGGGAAGGUACCGCCGCCGGAGCAGGCGCUCCAGUGCCCGCGGUGCGACUCCACCAACACCAAGUUCUGCUACUUCAACAACUACUCCUUCUCGCAGCCGCGCCACUUCUGUAAGGCCUGCCGCCGCUACUGGACCCGCGGCGGCGCCCUCCGCAGCGUCCCCGUCGGCGGGGCCUGCCGCCGGCGCCGCGACAGCAGCGCCAAGUCCUCCUCCUCCCCGUCCAAGCCGAGCAAUCUUGCUCCAAGAUCCAGAGGAAUUAUUCCGAUGAUAAACGCAGCCGCUGCCGCCGCAGGGCGUCGGAUAGAGCUGUGGAAACUGCCUCAGAUCCAGCACCUCCCUUUCUUGGAGCUGGCGGCGCAACGACCGGCCACGUUGACGGCGGGGUUGCCUCAUUUCCAAGACGCUGUGAACCUCGAGCCGGUGAAAAUGGAGGAUCACGCCUCUCGUUUAGGGUUCAUCUCGCCGAUACAAUAUUCAGCUCCUCCCGGAAACUAUCACCAGCAAUGCUGGAGCAGCAGCGACGGUAUCAAGGAUGGCGGCGGCAGCGACGGCGGUGGUUGGGUGACGACGGCCGAUCUCUAUGUUUUCGACUCGUCAUCCAUCUCAGGCUACGACAACAAUUAUUCAUGAUCCAGGUUCGCCUGACCUUUAAGAUAGGGAUUUCAACUCAAGUGUUUUAUGAAUGCACCAUUUUCAUGCGAUGGAUUUAAAAAAUAUA